GUCGGAAGUCCGCGCAGGUCCGGGCCGCGCAGGCUUGCGGGAGCUGUUAGCAGGCCCGGUACCUGGGUGCGGGCAUCUCCCGGUCGUCCCGAUGCCGAGCCCGGGCCUUCUGGUGCUCUUCGGCAGCCAGACAGGCACGGCUCAGGAUGUGUCGGAGAGGCUGGGCCGCGAGGCUCGGCGCCGGCGGCUCGACUGCCGGGUGCAGGCCCUGGACUCUUACUCAGUGGUGAAUCUGAUUAAUGAGCCCCUGGUGAUAUUUGUUUGUGCAACUACAGGCCAAGGAGAUCCCCCUGACAACAUGAAGAACUUCUGGAGGUUCAUAUUCCGGAAGAAUCUGCCACCGACCUCCCUCUGUCAGAUGGACUUUGCUGUCCUGGGCCUCGGCGACUCCUCAUACGCCAAGUUCAAUUUUGUGGCCAAGAAGCUACACCGUCGGCUGCUGCAGCUUGGGGGCCGCGCCCUCCUGCCCGUGUGCCUGGGCGAUGACCAGCAUGAGCUGGGGCCUGAUGCUGCCGUCGACCCCUGGCUGCAUGAUCUAUGGGGGAAGGUGCUGGGGCUGUACCCCGUGCCCCUUGACCUUGGCACGAUCCCCGCCGGAGUCCCUUUGCCCUCCAAGUUCACACUGCACUUCCUCCCGGCGGCCCCCAGGGUGUGCUCUGAGGGGCAGCGUGUGGCCGGCACAGACCCUCAAGGUCCCCCGUCCGAGCAGCAGCCCUUCCUGGCACCCAUGGUCACCAACCAGAGAGUCACUGGCCCCUCGCACUUCCAGGACGUUCGGCUGAUGGAGUUCGACAUCACGGGCUCCGGGCUCAGCUUUGCAGCUGGUGACGUGGUGCUGAUCCAGCCCGAGAACGCGGCCAGCCACACCCAGCAGUUCUGCCAGGUGCUGGGCCUGGACCCGGACCAGAACUUCACCCUGCUGCCCCGGGAGCCAGGUGUGCCCUGCCCUGCGCGGCUGCCCCAGCCCUGCUCCGUGAGGCACCUUGUGUCCCACUACCUGGACAUCGCCAGCGUGCCCCGCCGUUCCUUUUUCGAGCUCCUGGCCUGUCUCUCUCCCCAUGAGCUGGAGCGGGAGAAGCUGCUGCACUUCAGUUCCCCCCAAGGUCAGGAGGAGCUGUACUCCUACUGCAACCGGCCUCGCAGGACCAUCCUGGAGGUACUGUGCGACUUCCCGCACACGGCUGGAGCCAUCCCCGCAGACUACCUGUUGGACCUCAUCCCCCCGAUCCGUCCGCGGGCCUUCUCCAUCGCCUCCUCUCUGCUGGUUCACCCCUCGAGGCUGCAGAUUCUCGUGGCUGUGGUGCAGUUCCAGACCCGCCUCAAGGAGCCCCGCCGGGGCCUCUGCUCCUCCUGGCUGGCGUCGCUGGAUCCUGGGCAAGGACCUGUCCAGGUGCCGCUGUGGGUGCGGCCUGGGGGCCUGACCUUCCCACAGACACCAGGCACACCUGUAAUCAUGGUGGGCCCUGGCACUGGCGUGGCCCCUUUCCGAGCAGCUGUCCAGGAGCGCGUGGCCCAGGGUCAGAGCGGAAACGUUUUGUUCUUUGGCUGCCGCUUGCGCGACCAGGACUUCUACUGGGAGGCUGAGUGGAUGGAGCUGGAGGGGAGGGGCUGCCUGACACUCUUCACGGCCUUCUCCCGGGAACAGGAGCGGAAGGUGUAUGUGCAGCAUCGGCUACGAGAGCUCGGGCCGCUGGUGUGGGAGCUGCUGGACCGCCAGGGUGCCUACUUCUACCUGGCAGGCAACGCCAAGUGCAUGCCAGCAGACGUGUCGGAAGCCCUGACAUCGAUCUUCCAGGAGCAGGGUGGGCUCUCGGGCCCUGAUGCAGCUACCUACCUUGCAAGGCUCCAGCGGACGCUGCGUUUCCAGAGUGAGACGUGGGCCUAAGGAGCCGUCCUGCUGGCCUCAGCCACUCUAGCCACUGCCCUCUGGGGGGCCACCAUCACCUCCCCCACUGUCCCCUGCACAGCCUCACUCCAGUCCACCUGGGGUCCCAUACUCAGCCCCGACGCCACUGCCCACUCACCACCCCACCCUGCCCCCAUCCAGGGUUCCUGCUGGCCUUUCCCCACUGGCCCCAACUUGGGUCCUGGUCAGGGUUGUCCCUGGGCUGCAUCACCCUGCGUAGGGACGGUGCCUCAGGAAGGAGCAGGCAACCUGAUGGACAUCAGGGGCUCCCCAGACAGCAUAGGAACCUUCUGAGCUGGUGCAGGGUCCCUGGGAGUGCCGGAUGCUACCCCCCUAUUUGCCCUAGGGGCAGCAGGCUCCCAGUCACCCUCUGCCACAAAGCACCCGGUGCUGCCUCAGGGCCUCACGGGGCUCGGGCUCAGGCUGGAAGUCAGUGAGGACCAGAGCAGUGGGAGGAGGCCCACCAGCCAGUCAGACUUUCCCCACCCCACUCCUGAAAAGCCUCAGGAAUAAAUUGUGGGCUCUGGGUGGCUGCUUCUGA